AUGCGAAAGCUAGCAAGGGACGACAUGGAAAUGAAGACUGAUGGAUGGCAGCUACACCAUCUACGCUUUGCUGAUGACAUCGUUCUCACAACAUCUAGCAUCAGCCAAGCUGAACGCCUGCUGACUGAUUUCGACGAAACAUGUGGAUGCAUCGAUGCUCCAUUCACGCUCGACGGAACGAACAUAUCCGAGCGCACUAGCUACGAUUAUUUGAGGCGGGGCAUCGAGGAUGUAGUGGAGAAGACCAGGAACAUCCUGCUCCGCCCAUCUCUUAAUCACCACCGUUCUCCCGCUUUGACCUUCGAAAACGGAGCACCUCGCAAGAAGAAGAAGAUGCAGCGAACACCAGAUUCUAUUCUACGUAAGCAGCCGAAGACUGGAGACGUCACAGCACCUGUCAAAGAAAUCAAUAUAAGAGCUGCGGAAGGUCUCAGAUAUUUCAAAACUAGACUUUUCACGGGAACGGACAGGACUGUCGGAUGGGAAACGUUUAUUUCAUAUGUAAGUGAGAAAAGCUUUGUACUUUUAUAG